GAAUGAGGGUUUGAAGGCGACUGGAAACGUACGGAGCACCUCGUCGCGGGCAACUCCACCGAAGGCUUACUCCACUCGUCCACUCGCAAAAGCUCUGACGGGAACCACCCACUUCGUCGCCGUGCUGACUGGAAGGAAAUCCUGACGGAGAACAGAUAGCGACUAGAAUGUGCAUCGUGCAGGCGGGCAAGCGCCAACCGGUCCACGUCUCAGACACAAAUAUCUUCGUAUGCGAGAAACCCCGAAAGGACCCCGCCGCCCUGCCCGAGCAGCUCACCAUCUAUGCCAACACCGUCGGCUUCGAGCGCGAGCCCGUCGCCAUGAUAUUGCCUAUGCCCGCCACCUCCGAGCACGGCUGCGAAAUGGUGAACGUCAAGAACAUUGACGUCUUUACGCCACUGAGAACACACUUUGAGCCGAAACGGCCAAAAGCGAGGUCUGUCGUCAAAGGUGCGAGGUCCGCUCCUGAAAGUCAAACCAAGAAGCUAGAAAUCCGCCGUUGCGGCGCCUACCGCUACAGCGUCGUUCCCACUCUGGAGGAUUUUCAUCGGCUCGAAGACCACGUUUUUAAGAUCCAGGACCAAAUCUUCACUCUUCUUCAGCGGCACUACAACAUAGAUUUCAGCUUUCUCGUCUGCAUCAUCGAUAACGCUGGAGCGAACCAGCCGGUGGCGUAUGUGCAUCCCUUGCGAGACGGCAAACUGUUUAUCCCUACCCGCCACGAGCAUGGAGAUCAAUCGCACGGCCCCACCAAGUCACAUAGAGGGAGGAACGGUUUACCAAAGCCUCCUGUGUGGAAACCAUUCCGCGAGGAGUAUCGCAUAGGGAAAGACGGUCAAAAAAGGACUGUGGAGCCCAUGGAGGAGAGCAGUGAAAGGGACGAUAGCAAUGAUCAACAAGUGGAUGAGACCGCACAACUUAACGGAGACGAGAAAGAGUUGGUUACCAGCGAAGAAAGCGAGAGCGACGCAGACGACAGCCAUAACGCUGCUCAACCCGCUCCCAAGAAGUCGAAAUCGGACAAAGCCGACUGGGACCACGCCAUCUACAUCCUAAACACCACCCCACCCCCAAAACAGGGAGUCCUGCACCGCGCAAACAUCAUGCCUGCUCCACAGGACUUUAUAAGUCUUCCAUUCGACUGGGGCCCAUUGCUUAAAUACGUGCCUGCGCCAGUGAACAAGCAGCUGUUCCAUAAGAUCGUUAUGAGGGGCGAUCAUCCGAAUGAUGAUAUAUGGGUGGAGGUCGCGACACGGAAACUGGCCGACGAGCCAGUCGUCGGACCGGGCGGCCUGCUGAAGAAGUUGGCUUGUUGGGGUUAGAGAUACCGGAUUGCAUUCAACCGGGAGAGUCGUCGUGGGAUGGCUUGGAUAGAUGUCGGAUGGAGAGGAUGUUACAUUCCGAUGACUUCUUGGCACGCCCACACUGUUGCGGCGUAGUCACCGUUCCUGUGGAUUCCUUCAAAU